UUUUUCGAGCCUUCUUCUUGUUUGCAAGGCAAGCGAAGUCUUCUUGGGGUAACCGGAACCCGACCGGCUGGCGGCGAGUAGAAGAACCAUCUUUUUCCCAACAAUCUUCUGUGCGUGUGUGCGGGUGCGCCACGUCCGGCACGCAUUGCCUGAAGUGUCCAGUUCGAUAGACAGAGCAUCGUUUGUUGGCCCACCCACCGUUUUUCUUUUUCCGUACUACUCCGGAAGAAAAUUAGGUGAGCAGCGGAUUUUGAACCCGUGUCAUUUUCAACCAAAAGCAAACACUUGACAUAUCAUGUCGACGCCAUUGUGGAAAAGAGGGUUUCGGCCUCGACAGACGUUGGGGAGUUUCAACCUUUAUGAAGGUGUUCUCCACACCAGCGUUGAUUCUUAAAAACAUUCUUCUCAAGAGCUGCAUGGAGAAUGAGUUGACUCUGUCGUGGAUGCGAGCUUACUUGAACAGGAAGGGGCGUAUUACCGACGUCACUCUCGAGUAUUUCCGACUCGAGCUCAAGAGACCAGUCAUUGGACUAGGGUCUACGGUUUUUCCAGAACCCAACGAAUGCGAUAAGGAUGUAUUCAAUGCGCAGAUUUUGUUUAAUAAAUUGGCUGUCAAAGUUUUUCUUUCCCAUAAUUGGAAGUCGUUUGCAACAAUUUCUCCGGAUAUAAUACCACCCGAUUUUAUUGAAGUCAUCGCCGACGCCCAUGUCAUGCACACAAUCAAGUACCCGAUAUACAAAGACCAAUCGGAAAGGGUUCACCUUGUCGAAACGACACAGGAAUUUAUCGAUUUCACAUGGCAACUCAUUGCGAAAGUGUGUUUGCGGUUUGAAACUAGUGUACAUGUGUCUCCCGAUGAUCUCUCCUCUGCCAGCGUAAGAAAGUGGCUUCCAUCGACACCCAUCCUGCAACAAUUGGUUGCACCAGGAACCAACGAUAUUGAGUAUUUCUUGGAUCCGGAUAGUCGCACAAAUCAAGAGUUGUUCCAGGUAGAGGCUCGGUGCCCACGCAUGUCGAUCAAAAUGCACACUGGUAAGCCAGAGGUAAGAGAGUUUGACGACGGUAGACGUGAUUUGGCUAUGCUCGCCACACUUGGCAAGGAUGUUUCGUGGGCGACGACAUGGGAUAUAGUAUCCAGCAUACUGAAGGCUAACGGUAUUUUCAUAUACGCGGAGAUAUACCAUGAUUCGUCCACCCCGUUUCGGUUGCAGUACGUAUUGAAGGACGGCGUGGAAUUGGAAUAUACCCCGGAAGACAUUGAGAAGAUAAAUGAAUUUAUGAGUGUGGUUCUUGAAGACGUGAGAUCAAACAAAAACCUGGACUCAUUGGUUGGGCUAGUGCGUGAUGCUACCUUUAGCACUACCGCAGUGAUUUACACUGUAAAAGACUACACCUCAAGAGUAGAAAUCGACAACAUAGAAUUUAUUCUUGGCCGGGAGUCGGGAAAUAAAGUUGCCAUGGUACUCAGCCCGGAUUUGCUCAUUGAAAAAGCCAGUAGAGGACACCUCCAUUUUGUCGGUGAUGACUCGAUUGAUGUCUCGUACCUGGGUGAUGCACCGGCCUCUGUUGUGGAGACGCAUGAAAACGUGCAGCGGGAAACGGAAGACCUUGCGAAACUCGGCAAAGUCGUCGAUUUCAAGGAAUCACCCGAUUCGGUUAUUCAGAAGAAUGGCGUCCAUUCGUGUCACGUUGUAUUCGGGAACUCGGAUAAUUUAUUCCAUCGUAAAAAUGUCACAAUAGCGGUUUUUGAAUCCCUAGCUACGACGAAGGGUAGCGGUUUGUUCAGUCGAAUAAGCGAUCUGUUCGCCGACCUGAUCAAUCACAGGGAACGCCUCGCCAGCGAGAAGGGUGAAAGCGAGCUGGACACUUUGUUGAAUCAAUUGGAUACACUCCAUGACAUACGACGGGAAUACACUGUAUGCUCCAGUGAAGAAGACACUUGUCUGGCAACAGACACCAUCCAUACCACCACUCUACUCGCAAACACAGCUCUCGCACAUCUACACGAUCUGGCGACAACCAAACUAGCAUCUUCAAUUGAUGAAGUUGCAGGGGACAACGUAGAUGAGUGGAAAGCGUUCGAACAGGCUCGAGAUUCGAACGAUAGAAAUCAUAAUAAAAUGGCGAGGGCUGCUGUCACGUGUGCUGCAUUGAUCGUGGAGAACGGAACCUAUCCUGACAUUUUUCUUGCUUAUCAUGCGAGAAAGGCGCAGCAUGGUAGCUCCGAUCGGUUUCCUCUUGGGAUUGGGAGCUUUACUUGGAAGUUUUUUAUGGAUGUUGGUGACUCGAUUAAAAGGUUCGCGGAUCGGAAAAGUUACUUUGAGAACUUUUCAAGAGUAAUUUUAAAGGAUCACGCUGAAGACGUGCAUGGUAUGAAAGUCGCAGACACCAUAAGACACGAGCAUGUUGUUAGUUGGCACCUUCUCAUGUACGCUGUGAUCUGUCUGAUCUGUAGAAUUAUAUUCAACUUCAUACCAGGACAUUACAACGGUACACAGAAAAAAUCCGUGGCGAACAUGUUACAUCUCCUUGUGGGUAUUUCGGGACUCACUAUGGUCUGCCAUUGGAAGCCGUCCACUUGGUGGUAUGGGUUGGUGUCACAUAUGCUACAGAAUCCUUUUAUGGGGCUCUUUUAG